AUGGCUCCCAUUCUCCGGUCGAUUAUCAACUUCGCCCUCUCGACCGUCUGCUCGAACGCGUUGUGCGUUCCACAUCCUGCUACCAGCUCACCAAGUCUACCGCUGUCCGAAGUCAACAACAGUCUGCCCGCUCCAUCAAGCGAGGUCAAGAUCGUGAGCCUUGGAGUGGGCUUCCAAAACUACACAUGCUCCAGCUCUGGCACAUACGUCCAAAGCGUAGCCUCCGCAGGUGCCAUUGCUAGCCUGUACGACAUCACCAGCYCCGUCAGCAAGAUGCCUGGAGAUAUCAUAACACGAUCCACCCUCCGUUCAUUCGAGACCUGUUUGAAGAUGACAAGUUGCACACCGACAACGGCGAACGGCUUCUGCGACUCCUGCCACGACAUCUCCGCGGCAGCAUUCCGUCGAAAUGAAGCGGGCGAGCAUUUCUUUGAUCAAAUGUCGGGUGCGCAGAUGCCCAACUUCAACAUCAAAGAUGCUGGCAUGUUCCUUUCCGCGAAGAAAUCGUCGAGCUGCAAGGCGCCGGCCGAUGCUUAUACGGGCCAGAAUGGUCUCGGGACCGUCGACUGGCUCUACCUUGUCGACAACGGAUACGGAAGAUCGCAAGGACUCAGCAGUGUGUACCGCGUUGAGACGGCUGGCGGUGUUGCACCGAAAACUUGCGACAAGCCUGGCAGUGYCCUUCAAAUUCCAUACGCGGCGGAGUAUUKGUUCUAUUAG